AUGGUGCUCGGGCGGCUGAAGGCGGCUGACGUAUUGUCAAGCCCAACAGGCAGAUGUUUACCCUCUCUCCCCUCUCUCCCGCGCUAUUCCCCUCUGCCCCCUUUCCCCCUCAACCCCCUCUUCCCCACCCCCCCAUCCCCCCUUUCCCCCCCUUCCUUCUUCUACUCCCUAUUUCCCCCCUUUCCCCCCCUUCCUUCUUCUACUCCCCAUCUCCCCCCUCUUCUCCCGGCAAUCAGGGUUCUCGACUCUCCGAAGCUCCCCAAGAUCCACGUGCGCGCUAAUUACAUCAUGGUGUUCGGUCGCCUGACGGCGGGCGAGCCGGAUAAGCACUUCGCGGGACGCGUGACGUUCACGCUGUUCCAGAACUUCAUGGGCGGCCGCAAGCCGUACCAACUCAAAUAUCAGAGCCCGGCGGAUAAAGGCAAUCCGCGCGACUUGGGGCACAAGACGUUCGCCGUGGUGGGCGGGCAAGUGAGGUUGUACGGCAUGCCGGGCGGCAGCAACACGCCCUCGUGGGUGCGCCUCACUGAAACGGCCAACCCGGGCGCGCGGGCAAUCUACGUGGAUACGGACGUGACGCGCUGGGCACCCGGGAUGACGAUCGCGCUGGCGUCCACGUCAGCAGAUCUCAACGACGCGGAGCACCACGCCAUCGCGUCCGUUUCCGUCGUCACGCCCGCGUCAGCACCCGGGAAAAGCGACGGGCGGUACCGGAUAAAUUUAAAGACGGCGCUUAAGAAGCGGCACGAGGGCGUGGAGAUUUCGGACGGGGUGGGAGGGACGGUGGGGAUUUACGGAGAGGUCGCGCUGUUAGACCGCCACAUCGUGAUCACCGGGAACGACGAGGCCGCGCCGCAUCAAUACGACGGUGGCAACUUCAUGGUUUAUAUGACUCCAACAGCCCAAGAAAUCGUGGGCGUGCAAUUCCGUGCCCUGGGAAAGCAGGGGACACUGGGUAAAUACCCCUUGCAUUUCCAUGUGUGCGGGCAAGAGGGGCAGAACCACGUGGUGCGAAAAAACGCAAUCGUUUUCACGAAGCAGCGAUGCAUGGUGAUUCACGCGACGGGUAACAUGACAAUAGAGGAAAACGUUUCGUACGAAACGAAGGGCCACUGCUACCUGCUGGAGGAGGGGUCGGAAAUGCGAAAUGUGUUUCGGCGGAACCUUGGGAUCAACGCGAGGAAGGUCACCCAAGUCAUCCCACCAGCAAGUUCCAACCGGCUGGAUUUCCAAACCGACAAGCAGCCGACGAUUUUCUGGCUCGCCACUCCCUUCAGCAGCUUUAUUGACAAUGUUGCCGCUGGUUCUGAGGAUUCAGGGUUCUGGCUGGAGGCCAAUCCAUACAUGCGGGGUCUGUCGAGGCUGCUGCCUCAGAUUGGCUCAACAGUGCCCUUCUAUUACAACUGGGGCACGUGGGACGGCAACCACGCCCACUCCAACCUCAUUGGAUUCCGCACCUACCCCCAUGGGUCCCGGCCCAAAUACCCGUCAACCACCCAGAAUCCCCGCGUCUCCCUUAAGAACUUCCUCAUUUACCGCAACAAGGCAGGCAUCUUCUUUUUCAACAGCGAGCGGCUGAUAGUGGAGAACGGGGUGUUUCUGGACAAUGGAAUCGGCAUCGACUUAAGCCGCAAUGCCGGCGUGCAAGCCAAGGGCUGCCGCUUCAUCGGCCGCUCCUCCUCUGCCUGCCCGACAUCCUCCUCCAAAGGCGUAACGACUCUUGCUGACACAGCAGCAGGCUCUGACGUCCCAGCCGGCCCCACCACUCUAUGGGAGCCUUUCACUCUGCAAGCCUCCCUAGGCCCCCUCGACCCCUACUUCGACCCAUCGGGGAGCAGCGGCAGCGGCAGCGGCAGCGGCAGCAACAAAGGGAGCUACUCAGCGCCGGCUUAUACCAAUAAGAGGGAUCCUUAUAACAAGGCGUUUCAGGAUCCGGUGGAUGGGGGGGUAGGAGAUGGGAGUGUUGACCCGCUGGUGGCUUUGGACGAGAAGGUGGGGACGUUCGAGGCGCCGGUGGGAAUCACACUGAGUCAGAGCAACCCCCAGGACAACCUGUUUCCCAACGGCAUACAAGACACCUCCUUCCACCGCUUUGGCACGUGCAGCAGCAACAGUUUUGGCAUCGCUCUUGUGGCAAAUAAGGCUGGCGGGUACUGGAACACUGCCAUGUUCGUUAAGGGCUUGUCCUUUGGCUCAGGGACUAAGAAGUUUUGGGCCACACCCAAUCCAUCCUCUGGCCCACCACCCCGGGGAGGUCUGCUGGCACGCUUCUACGCCAUCCGCGAUCUCGACGGGUCGCUGCUCGGCCAAUCAGGCUACGCCGUUGCCAACUACGACCCCAUCCUGCCGCCUGCCGCCGUCCGGGCGGCAAAGUGCGACUUCAAGAGUGCCUUUUCGGCGUAUUCCUGCACUUCUGUCUGCUACCGGUCGGUCGGGCUUCAAUACGAAGAGUCCGGGGUUGGAUCGAAGGGGACGACAGCUAGCCCGAGUGCUGUUAGCCGGCCCUACUCCUACUUGAAAAUCACCCGAACAGACGAUGGGACGGUGUUUUACGCAUACGGAACCGAGAAUGAUGACCCUAAUGCCGGACCAGCGGGCCCAGGGAAAAAGAAUCGCUACUUAACUGCAUCGCUUUUAGCCGGGUACACUUACAGGAUAGAGGUGGUUCCGGCAGAUACUAACAGUAACUUUUACCCGAGUAAAAUGCAGCUAAACGUGUUCGAUUGGCAGGGGUGUUCCGGCGCGGUUUCCCUAAUCAUCGACUCGCCGAAGUCGAGUAGCAAAUGGACGGCAAACGCCCCCACAGUGCCGUGCUCUUUAGUGGAUGCGACGAGGGUUUAUAAGGAGUACGCGUGCGGGGGAGGGAAGGCGAGGCUGCAACUGGAUAUUGGGGCGACCAGCAGCGGCAGGGGGCUGGUUUCAAUGGAACUGGAGCAAGGCGUCAGCACUGCUUGCUCCUCCGACUCUGCUUGUUCAGCCAGCACGUCGUCUCUGCCGCCCCUGUCAGUCUCGCCGUUAGGUGGCACAGAGUCGUCCUUUUCCGCUGUGGACCCUACCUCUAGUACCGGGGUUGCUUAUAGCGAGGAUGGGGGUGAUGAUGACUACAGCGAGAAUGAAUUCACCGCACGGAACCUUACGAACACCACUGGAGGUAGUAGCAUCGGUGAGUCUCCACCACCCCCCCCUCCUGUGGCAGUACCAGCAGAACCAGCAGUACCAGCAUCAGUACAGGCAGCAGGAGAGAGAGAACCAGCUAGGGAGCUGUUUGGCAGGCUGCUACUGAGGAAGGUUGCUCCUGCGCCGGCCCCGUCCCCACCUCCCCGUCGGCACUAG